AUGGUAUUUGCCCGCUCUGCUGCUCGGUCUUUGCACCGCCCUGCCUCCUCUCUGCUUGCUGGCCAGGCUUCCCCACACUUUGCUCGCCGCACUGCCGUCCCAUCCUUCACCGGUCUUGCAAAGCGCACACUGACCGCCUCUGCUGCUCGACAGGGAAAAGUUCUGCUCGUCCUCUACGACGGCCAUGAGCACGCUCGCGACCAACCCCGCCUCCUAGGUACCACCGAGAACGAACUUGGUAUCAGAAAAUGGCUCGAGGACCAAGGUCACACUCUCGUCACCACCUCCGACAAGGAGGGCGAGAACUCCAAGUUUGACCAGGAGCUUGUUGACGCCGAAGUCAUCAUCACUACUCCUUUCCACCCUGGUUACCUCACCGCAGAACGCUUGGCCAAGGCGAAGAACCUCAAGAUUGCUAUCACCGCCGGUAUUGGUUCUGACCACGUCGACCUGAACGCUGCCAACAAGACCAACGGUGGUAUCACCGUCGCCGAAGUCACUGGCAGCAACGUCGUUUCCGUUGCUGAGCACGUCAUCAUGACCAUCCUUACUCUCGUCCGCAACUUCGUCCCCGCCCGUGAGCAAAUCCAGGCUGGUAACUGGGAUGUCGCCGCUGUCGCCAAGAACGAGUUCGAUCUUGAGAACAAGGUCGUUGGUACCGUCGCUGUUGGCCGCAUUGGUGAGCGUGUGCUCCGUCGCCUGAAGCCCUUCGACUGCAAGGAGCUCCUGUACUUUGACUACCAGCCUCUGUCCCCUGAGGUUGAGAAGGAGAUUGGCUGCCGCCGUGUCGAGAGCCUCGAAGAGAUGCUUGGCCAGUGCGAUGUUGUUACCAUCAACUGCCCGCUGCACGAGAAGACCCGUGGUCUGUUUAACAAGGAAUUGAUCUCCAAGAUGAAGAAGGGCGCUUGGCUCGUCAACACCGCCCGUGGUGCCAUCGUCGUUAAGGAGGAUGUUGCCGAAGCUCUCGCCUCUGGCCACCUCAACGGCUACGGUGGUGAUGUCUGGUUCCCUCAGCCUGCGCCCAAGGACCACCCGCUACGCACUGCCAAGAACCCUUGGGGCGGAGGCAAUGCCACCGUUCCCCACAUGUCCGGUACCUCCAUUGAUGCCCAGGAGCGCUACGCUGCUGGCACCAAGGCUAUCCUGACCAGCUACUUCAGCGGCAAGGAGGAUUACAGACCACAAGACUUGAUCGUGCACAAGGGUGACUAUGCCACCAAGGCUUACGGCCAGAGAGACAAGAAAUAA